GCUGAACGACCUAUGGCUGUACACAAGCAGAGACAUUUAAACGGGCUCUGACACAUAGCGAAUCUGUGUUUGCUAACCCUACGUUUACGGUGUGUUUGAGCAACACUUUGUAGUUAUUCGGCCAGUUAAUCAAGAAGAUGUUAGAUGUUCUCAUUUAAACAUGAGAUCACUCAGCAAUUGUUUUUAGAGCAAUACAUACCACGUCAACACGUUUAUCACUGUGACUGAAAGAAGCCUGUGCCUUAAGUCAUAAGUAUCAAGGCUAAUCUAGGUUAAUCAAAGUUAGGUUAAAAUAAUACUUCCUCCUCAUGGAAGAACAGCUGAACACUGACGUCGAUCGUUUGGAGCCUAAAUAUGGACUUUCUGGAGGUAAACGACAACUUUCAAGGGAAGUGGAGAUGGACAUUGCUCAGUUAAAUCAUGAUGUGCCACAGCUUUCAGAAGUUUUCUCCAUUGUAGACAAAAUUGGUGAAGGGACUUUCAGUUCAGUCUAUCUGGCUGAGGAUAAAAUGUCAUUAAGGCAAAGACGGAGGUUUGCUUUGAAGCAUCUUAUCCCCACCAGCCAUCCAAUCAGGGUAGCUGCUGAGCUACAGUGUCUGACUGUUGCAGGUGGCCAAGAAAAUGUCAUGGCUGUGACUUACUGCUUUAGGAAGGACCAUCAUGUGAUCAUCGUUAUGCCUUAUGUGGAACAUGAACCCUUUGUGGACAUUGUUGGUAACAUGACUCUUCAGGAAGUGUGCCACUACAUAUUUAAUCUCUUUAUAGCGCUGAAGCACAUCCAUAAGUUUGGAAUCAUUCAUCGUGACAUCAAGCCAACAAACUUCCUUUACAAUCGCUCCCAGAGAAAGUACGCAUUAGUUGAUUUUGGCCUAGCUCAGGGCACACCAGACACACAGAUUGAGCUGCUGAAGGAGGUGAUCUCCAAAGCACAGAAGGGUGGUAGAACCACUGGGGAACCUGAGCACUCAAGGGGAAAAUCGGUACCUGCAACAGCACCAGUCACCUUAGCCACAUCACAAAAGUUUCUUUUUCCAUCAAGCACUAAACCACCAGCUGAAAAAAAACCUUGCACGAUCUACACAUCUGCAGAUGCCAAACCUAGCAAGGAGUUAAUGACCCCCUGUAAAGUGACACGGUCUGUGUUUGGAGAAAGAAACAUGAAUAGCAUUAAUCCAGCCAAUAUAUUAGACACAGGAGUGGAGGUUAUACGAUCUGUGAAUACAAAAGACAUUGCUGCUAGAAAGAUGUUGCAAUCCAAGUAUCAGUCUGCCACAGUGAAGGAGCAAGUCAGUGGCCAGAAGCACAGAGACUUGGCUCUUGAUUCAACCCUCACCUGCAGCUGUUUCUUGACAGACCGUGUCUGCAACAUUUGUCUCUCCAGGAAACAACAGGUUGCCCCGAGAGCUGGAACACCUGGGUUUAGAGCUCCUGAGGUGUUGAUUAAGUGUCAGAAACAAGGAACAGCCAUUGAUGUAUGGGCUGCUGGUGUGAUCCUCCUCUCUCUCUUAAGUGGUAGAUACCCAUUCUUUAAAGCAAGUGAUGACCUUAUAGCCCUAACACAGAUAAUGACAAUACGUGGAUCCAGGGAAACCAUACAGACUGCAAGAGUGUUAGGGAAGGAAGUAGUGUGCAGCCAUGAGCUUCCACGACUUGACUUGAGGAGACUUUGUGAGAUGAUGCGAAGAACACAGCCUGGCCAAGAGGAGACCGUUUGGACUGAAAUACAGACCACAUGUCAAUCCUGCAGUCCUAUAAAAAACAACCUGGACAAGACUAGUAUGCACAUUGAACAAAACUGGGAUAGAGUUCCAGAUGAGGCAUACGAUCUCCUAGACCGACUGCUUGACCUGAAUCCAGACACAAGAAUUAAGGCUAGCAUGGCCUUACAGCACCCUCUGUUUAAAGACCUGAAUGUAACAAAUGGCGUCUAAGGAGUAAAUCUGCCACACAGCAGGAACUCUGAGCAAGAGUACAUGAAAUGUGCUCAGGCUGCUCCCCUUCAUAAAGCAUAACUAGUUGAUGUUUUAUUGUACCAAUUAUUAUUUAAUCGUAACACCUGUCACAAUUGAUGGAGUUCCACCCCCACUUCCACUAGAUUUCUCAAGAAUGCGUAACUGCUGCAACAGUCGUCUUAACUGAAAUGAAUGCUACUGUCUGCAAAAUUCUGACUCAUGUUUAUGAUAUUGUUAUGGAUAAUAAAAUUUGAAAUGCU